ACCUUUGGAGUCAAGUCAAUCGUCUUCUUCAUCUAUCACCGGCAUAUAUUCCCAACACUUCCAUGUACCAUCCACCCGUCACAAAAAGCUCCAAUGACCACCAUCACACCAUUCCUCCUUCUCCUUACAAUCUCCGUUUCCGUCGCUGCAAUUAGCGACCACAAUUUCCGCGGCGCUGUUUUCGACGUAAACUCCAAAUUCUCCGGCGAAAAACGGUCACUUACUCUUUUUAAAGCUCACGAUAACCUCCGUCACCUCCAGAUUCUCGCUUCCGGUGUUGAUUUACCGCUCGGUGGAACCGGUCGUCCUGAUACCGUCGGCCUGUACUAUGCCAGAAUUGGAAUCGGAACGCCACCAAAAGAAUAUUAUGUGCAAGUAGACACAGGAAGCGAUAUAAUGUGGAUCAAGUGUAUAGGAUGUAGUGAAUGCCCGAAAAGAGGCUAUCAUGGGUUGGAACUUUCACUGUAUGACCUGGAAGAUUCGUUCACAGGGAAACUGGUUACAUGCUCUUCAGAGUUUUGUGCAGAGAUCAAUGGCGGUGCGGUUACUGGUUGUAAAGCCAAUGCGACAUGUCUUUACAAUGAGGAUUAUGGCGAUGGUAGUUAUAGUAUCGGUUACUUUGUUAUGGAUGUUGUUCAGUAUGAUAGUGUGUCGGGUGACUUGGAAACUAAACUGGCAAACGGAAGCGUUAUAUUCGGGUGCGGUGUCAAACAAUCGAGUAACCUAGGGUCGUCAGAGGAAGCACUUGACGGGAUUCUUGGUUUCGGAAAAUCAAAUUCGUCAGUCAUUUCUCAAUUGGCUUCAUCGGGGAACGUGAAUAAGAUGUUUGCACAUUGUCUAGAUGGCGACAAUGGUGGUGGCAUUUUCGCAAUUGGGCAUGUUGUUCAACCGAAAGUUAAUUCUACACCUUUGAUCCAAGAUGAGCCUCAUUACUCUGCCAAUGUUACGGGAAUUGAAGUUGGUACCCAGUUCUUAAAUCUUUCAACAAAUACACACGGUAUGGGGGACAAGAGAAGAACGAUUAUCGAUAGUGGUACUACAUUGGCUUAUCUUCCCGAUGCAAUAUAUAAGCCCAUGAUAAACGAGAUAGUUGCGGGACAGCCUGAGUUGAGAUUACAUACACUUCAUGAACAAUAUACAUGCUUUGAAUACUCGGGAAGUGUUGACGAUGGAUUUCCGGCCGUUACUUUCUAUUUCGAAAAUACACUUUCUUUGAAGGUUUAUCCUCAUGAUUAUUUGUUUGUCGAGGAAGAUUUCUUGUGUUUUGGCUGGCAAAACAAUGGCCUGGAUUCCUUAAGUACUAUGGACACGAUUUUAUUGGGAGAUUUGGUACUGUCAAAUAAGCUGGUGUUGUAUGAUCUUGAAAACCAAACAAUUGGUUGGACCGAGUAUAAUUGCUCUUCAACCAUCAAACUAAGGGAUGAAAUCACUGGAUCGGUGCAUUUAGUCGGUCCACAUUCUAUACCAUCUGCUGGCAGCCGGAUUGCUCGUAGACAUUUACUAUCUUUAUUAGUAAUCGCUCUAAUUCACCGUAUUGUAUCUUGAUUCCCGAGGUUACUAAUGGUGGGUAGCGGUAAAUACGCGAUAUAUAUAGUAAAGAAAUAGGCAAACAUAACACAGGUAUUGAAUCCAUUGAUUGGUAGCAUGUCAAAGAUCAGACACCGACACCAACACAGAAUUGGAUUGAAGCAAAAAGAUAGAUUUUGUAAAUAAAUUUCACAAUCUGGUUAUGGGGUUCUGUGAAAGUUGUAAAGGAGUUUUUGGUCUUUUUUUUGCUCUAAAUCUCUUUCAUGAAACUCUGUUUCUUGUUUAUGUGACAAAUCCUUUUCUUGGGCUAUUGGGUCAUUUGUAUACUGUUAGAUUGUAAAUGCUAGUGAAAAAUUGAUUUAUUUUG